AUGGAAGAAUUGAAUAUUAAUUUUAAAGUAUUCAAAAAAAGGAUUGAAUCGCUGUAUUCCAUGUACAGCGAGUUUGAGGGUCAUCCAAACUCGCUGUUGUUUGUUUUGGGCUCUUCCAAUGCUGAAAAUCCUUACCAGAAGACCACCAUAUUGCAUAAUUGGUUAUUGAGUUACGAAUUCCCGGCUACUCUAAUUGCACUAGUCCCUGGGAAAAUUAUCAUAAUUACUAGUUCUGCCAAGGCCAAGCAUCUGCAAAAGGCUGUUGACUUGUUUAAUGAUCCUGAGAGCAAAAUUGGCCUGGAAUUAUGGCAGAGAAACAAUAAAGAGCCAGAACAUAAUAAGAAGUUGUUUGACGAUGUUAUCGCUCUAAUCAAUGGUGCUGGUAGAACAGUCGGCAUCCCUGAAAAAGACUCUUAUCAAGGUAAAUUCAUGACCGAAUGGAACCCUAUAUGGGAAGCAGCCGUUAAGGAAGACGAAUUCAAUGUCAUUGAUGUCUCUUUGGGCCUCUCGAAGGUUUGGGAAGUCAAAGAUGCUAAUGAGCAAGCAUUUUUGUCUGUUUCAAGUAAGGGUUCCGAUAAAUUUAUGGAUCUUUUAUCUAAUGAAAUGGUUCGCGCUGUUGACGAAGAAUUAAAGAUUACCAAUGCCAAGUUGUCAGACAAAAUUGAAAAUAAAAUUGACGACGUUAAGUUUCUGAAGCAAUUAAGCCCUGAUUUAAGUUCACUGUGCCCACCAAACCACAAAUUCAAUUUUGAUUUAUUGGAUUGGACUUAUUCUCCUAUCAUUCAGUCGGGAAAGAAAUUCGAUCUUAGAGUUUCUACCCGUUCCACUAAUGAUCAAUUAUACGGUAACGGGUGUAUUCUAGCCUCAUGUGGUAUUCGCUACAAUAAUUACUGUUCUAAUAUUACUAGGACUUUUUUGAUCGAUCCAUCUGAGGAAAUGGCUAGUAAUUAUGAUUUCUUGCUGACUAUUCAGAAAGAGAUUAUAACCAAUAUGUUAAGAGUCGGUAGUACACCAAAGGAAGUAUACGAAUCAGUAAUAGAAUACAUCGAAAAAUCUAAACCCGAGCUAGUUUCAAGUUUCACUAAAAACAUUGGUUCAUUGAUUGGUCUUGAAUUUAGGGAUUCUAACUUCAUACUUAACGCAAAAAAUGAUUACCGCAAGAUCAACCCUGGUGAUUGCUUCAAUAUUUCAUUCGGUUUCAAUAAUUUGAAAGAUUCUCAAAGUGGCAACAACUACGCCUUACAAUUAGCUGAUACAAUACAGAUCCCGCUUGAAGAAACAGAGGCGCCACGGUUCUUAACAAAUUAUACCAAAGCUAAAUCACAAAUAUCUUUUUAUUUCAAUAACGAGGAAGAAGAUGGUAACAAAAAAAAAUCUUCGCCAACCGCUAAGGUUCCAAGUAAGCCAGAUAGAAAUUCUAAAAUUCUAAGAACGAAAUUACGUGGAGAAGCUCGUGGUGGUGCCGAAGACGCCCAAAAGGAACAAAUUCGUAAGGAAAACCAAAAGAAACUGCACGAGAAAAUGGAGAAGAAUGGGCUAUUGAGAUUCAGUGCUGCUGAUGCCAACGGCACGGAUAGCGAACCUCGUCAGUAUUUCAAAAAAUAUGAGUCCUAUGUCCGGGAUUCGCAAUUACCAACUAAUAUUCGUGACUUAAGAAUCCAUGUUGACUGGAAAAGUCAAACAAUUAUUCUACCCAUCUAUGGUAGGCCAGUUCCAUUUCAUAUCAACUCAUACAAGAACGGUUCUAAAAAUGAAGAAGGUGAAUACACAUACUUGCGUCUGAACUUCAAUUCACCAGGGUCUUCUGGUGGUAUUUCCAAGAAGGUUGAGGAAUUGCCAUACGAAGAAUCGGCAGAUAACCAAUUUGUACGUUCAAUCACAUUAAGAUCUAAAGAUGGUGACCGUAUGAGUGAAACCUUCAAACAAAUUGCUGAUUUGAAAAAAGAAGCCACAAAGAGAGAGCAAGAACGUAAAGCUCUUGCUGAUGUCGUUCAGCAGGAUAGGCUGAUUGAAAAUAAAACAGGGAGAACAAAGAGACUCGAUCAAAUCUUUGUCAGACCAAAUCCUGAUACCAAGCGUGUCCCGAGUACAGUUUUUAUCCAUGAAAAUGGUAUUAGAUUUCAAUCUCCAUUGAGAACCGAUAGUAGAAUAGAUAUUCUGUUUUCAAAUAUCAAAAAUCUAGUUUUUCAAUCCUGUAAAGGUGAACUAAUUGUUGUCAUUCAUAUUCAUUUGAAGAAUCCAAUUUUGAUGGGCAAAAAGAAAAUUCAAGAUGUUCAAUUUUACCGUGAAGCUUCUGAUAUGUCUGUUGAUGAAACUGGGGGCGGAAGACGUGGUCAAUCUAGAUUUAGAAGAUACGGUGAUGAGGAUGAAUUAGAACAAGAACAAGAAGAAAGAAGAAAACGAGCUGCGCUUGAUAAAGAAUUUAAAUACUUCGCAGAUGCGAUCGCGGAAGCAUCAAAUGGUAUGUUGACUGUGGAAAACACAUUUAGAGAUUUAGGCUUCCAAGGUGUCCCCAAUAGAUCAGCAGUUUUCUGUAUGCCAACUACAGAUUGUUUGGUUCAGUUAAUUGAACCACCAUUUUUGGUCAUUAACCUGGAGGAAGUUGAAAUCUGCAUUUUAGAAAGAGUUCAGUUUGGUUUGAAGAACUUCGAUAUGGUUUUCGUUUAUAAGGAUUUCAAUAAGCCUGUUACACACAUCAAUACGGUUCCAAUCGAAUCCCUGGAUUUUUUGAAGCAAUGGUUGACAGAUAUGGAUAUCCCUUACACAGUUUCUACUAUCAAUUUGAACUGGGCUACGAUUAUGAAGUCAUUACAAGAUGACCCAUAUCAAUUUUUCUUGGAUGGUGGCUGGAACUUCCUGGCUACCGGUUCAGAUGAUGAAGCUUCCGAUGAAAGUGAAGAAGAAAUCAGUGAAUACGAGGCAUCUGAGGAGGAUGUUAGUGAUGAGAGUGCUUUCUCCGAAGAUGAAGAAGGAUCUGAGGUAGGCGACGAUAUUAGUGGUGAUGAAAGUGAAGACUAUUCUGGCGAUGAGAGUGAAGAAGGGGAAGAUUGGGAUGAGUUAGAGAAAAACGCCGCCAGAGCUGACAGGGGCGCGAACUUUAGAGAUUGA